AUGUGCUCUGAUCUAAAUGAUUCCCAAAAGGCUGCAGUUUUAAACUGUAUCAGUUUGAGUAAGUGUCAUCACCAUAAUACUGUAAAACUAAUAUGGGGUCCUCCUGGAACUGGAAAGACCAAGACAGUCAGUAUGACACUCUUUGUCCUCUUUAGGUUGAAGUGCAGAACACUAACAUGUGCGCCGACCAAUACUGCCGUGUUAGAAGUUACGGAACGACUCUUGAGGUUGGUUAAUCAGACUCUUGAAUAUGGAAAGUAUGGACUAGCUGAUAUAAUUCUAUUUGGGAAUGUGGAGCGGAUGAAGAUCGAUAAUUAUAAUGACCUUUUUGAGGUAUUUCUUGAUAGUUGUAUUAGUAUUCUGUCCAAGUGUCUUGCCCCUUUGUCUGGUUGGAAACAUUGGUUAGAAUCCAUGAUAGGUUUCCUUGAGGAUCCAGAGCAACUCUAUUCCUUGUAUUUAAAGGAAAAGAGGGAACAGCACAAAAAGAAUGAUGAGCACGAUGAAGAAACUGAUAAUAGCAGCUCAACAAGUGAUGAUGAGAGUGAUCUUUUGACGUUUGAGGAGUAUGUGAAGAAAAAAUUUGAUUACUUUAGUGAGCAUCUGAAAACUUGUAUGGUAAACUUGUACACCCACUUGCCAACAUCUUGCAUUUCACUUGAGGUGGUGAAGGAUAUGAUUAGAGUUUCGGAUUUGCUAAAGUUGAUUAAAUCUAUAUUGCAUCGGGCCGGUGUUGCUAAUGAAAGGUUGCAAUCACUUCAAAAAGAUUGCGCACAAAUUCUUAAGUCGCUUCCUCUGCAAAAUUGCACACUGAAGGAAUGGCACCUGAUAGGAUUUUUAGUACCUGCGCAAACAGGGUUAAAAUCACCGAAAAUACUUGCAAGAAUACAAGCACCUCUGGAAAUGUUAGUGAUUGAUGAAGCAGCUCAGCUGAAAGAAUGUGAAUCAGCAAUUCCCUUACAACUACCUGGUCUUCGCCAUGCUAUUCUCAUAGGAAAUGAGAUGCAACUCCCUGCUAUGGUUAAAAGCAAGCUCUCCGAGAAUGCUGAAUUUGGAAGAAGUUUGUUCGAAGGACUUGUACUGUUAGGCCACGAGAAGCUCCUUCUUAAUGUCCAGUAUAGGAUGCAUCCAUUGAUCUGCAGGUUUCCGAAACAGGAAUUCUACAACAAUCAGAUACUAGAUGGUCCAAAUGUCAGUGAAGUAAGCUAUGAGAAGUCCUUCAUUGAGGGCAGAAUGUACGGGCCAUACUCCUUUAUAAAUGUAGCCAAUGGAAAAGAAGAAUUUGAUCGCGGGCAUAGUCUGAAAAACAUGGUUGAGGUUGCUAUUGUAUAUGAGAUAGUUUCAUGCCUUUACAAAGAAUUUACUCGAACAAAGAAGAAGGUUAGUAUUGGGGUAAUAUCACCUUACAAGGCUCAAGUUAAUGCAAUUCAAUUGAGAGUUAGAAACUACUGUGAAGUUUCUGGCACAGAUUUCUCUGUAAGUGUGCGAUCUGUUGAUGGAUUCCAAGGUGGUGAAGAGGAUGUGAUAAUUAUCUCCACUGUCAGAUGUAAUGGGAAUGGAUCUGUAGGUUUCCUCUCCAAUUGUCAGCGAGGAAAUGUGGUUCUAACUCGUGCCAGGCAUUGCCUCUGGAUAUUGGGGAAUGAAGCGACAUUGACUAACAGUAACUCAAUUUGGAAGAAUCUGAUUCUUGAUGCAAAGAAACGCGAUUGUUUCUAUAAUGCUGAUGAGGACAAUAACUUAGCUCAGGCUAUUGCAGCAGCCCUUCUAGAGCAUAACCAACUACAUACUCUGCUUGAUGCUGAUUCUAUGCUGUUCAAAAAUGCAAAAUGGAAGGUUUGGUUUGCCAACGAAUUUAGGAAUUCAAUAGCAGAAAUUAAAGACACCGAGAUUCGACAAGACGUAAUUUCUUUAAUAAAAAAGCUUUCUAAUGGUUGGCGCCAAUCUCAGAAUGAUAAAGUGAUUAUAGGCCAUGGUGGGACUUCUGCUGAAUUGCUAGAGACGUAUGAAGUCAAUGAGCUGCUGUAUCUCAUUUGGAGCGUAGAAAUUCACAAGCAGAACUCAGAUUUUGUCCAGGUUAUGAAGAUUUGGGACAUUGUCCCACUUUCUGAUAUUCCUAAACUUACAGAGCGCCUUGACAUCGUCUUUGGGAAUUACACCGUCGAUAAGAUGAUGUCAAACAAAGUAGGGCAAAUAUUCAAUUAUGCUAAGAUACACUCAUAUUGA